AUGAAUAAAAUAACCAUUGAAACCCAAUAGACAAGAUCUGCUUUAAAAGUCAAACAACCCAUCUUUAUUGAGUAAUAAGAGGCAAAAUCCUGUCGAAUUUGUCUUGAAACUGAACUGGAUAACGAUAAACCAAUUAUUCAACCUUGCAAAUGCAAGGGUUCUCUUGGAUAAGUUCACGAAGAGGUAAGACUCUAUAUUUACAAUGAGUGUCUCAAAACCUGGAUAGUUACAUAAAACAAAUAGAUAUUUACUUGUUGUGAAAUCUGCAAGAUCGAAUAUUCAAUUGAAUUUACCUCACGUAAAGUUUGUCUUCCUAGAAAAGCAUGUAAAUCAAAUUUGGAAAAUAUGAUUGCACUAAUUUGUCUUCUCUUUAUAUUUCUAGGCUUUACAGCUCUCCAGGCUUUUUUGGUUGUUCAAAUUGUCAAUAUUUUUGAUGGAAAUGAUAAUAAUAAUCAACAAUCUAGUUUUUUGAGUAGUCCUAUUACUAUGAUUGGCUUCGCAGUAAUAGUCUUUCUGUUUUUAGUUCCCAUUUUUAUGUGUCUUCUCUACGUCAUAAAAAAAAUGCUCUUCGUAACUAAGAUAAAAUCUUGGCACAUUCUAGAGAGAGUUCAAACUCUCCCGGCAGAAUUAUAAGAACAGAUGCCUCAGCAUACCCUAUCGAGAAAUGCAUCUCAAUUGUUGUAAUAAUUGCCUAAAUUAAAUUAAACUACUUCCAUUCUCAUCUAAGGAAAUGGUUAGGAUUACGAGCAUGUUUAAUUUAUUUGA